CUCGUCCUCACUUCCAUUUUCCGUUAUGUUACCACUACUAUUUUGGUUCAUUUGAGAACCCAUUGACAUGCACUGUUCCAUUUCCCAUAAUGCAUUGCAAAGAGACUUCCUUCCUGUUGAUGCAGCAUAAGUUGAAUGGUGGAAAUUUUCAAACAGUUUGAAUCCAGCCACAUUGAAAGAUCAUACAUAGAACAUGGCUCUUUCGGCAGCUGAAAAGCAGCGCCGAUACAGACAAAGAAGAGAUGCUGAUCCUGAAAGAAAAGAGAAACAUCAGGAAAAAAUGCGAAAGAAAUACAGGGAGGACUUAACAGUGGGGAAACGUAAAAAAGUAGGGGAGCUGACGGAACGCGGGAAAAGAACUCUCCGAAAAAAGUGGAGGAUGGAAAAGAAAAAUCGUAAGAAGAGACAAAAAGAAGUUCAGAACUUGGUCACACCUCCUAAUUCACCAAAUUGUCAACCUGCAGUCACUCCAGCACAGACCAAUUCUUCCUUAAAAAAGAAGCGUUCAGUUGCUAAAUGCUACAGAGACAUGGCAAAGAAGACAGCCGAGAUUCACACACUCAAGAAAAAACUUCAGAUGCAAAAGAAAAGAUUACAAAGAUUUGUACUGUACCAAACCCCGUAAUUCCUCCAUCAGUUUAGUGACACCCUGGUAUCACCAAGCUUUAUAUACAGAUUUUUUCCUCUAGUCAAGUUCUACUGUACCAAACCCCAUACUUCCUCCAUCCGUUUAGUGACACCCUGGUAUCACCAAGCUUUAUAUACAGAUUUGUACCUCUAGUCAAGUUCUGGUAACACCAAGCCAAUAUAUCAGCUUAGGAAUUGUGAACAUAAAAGGAAAAAGAUAAUUUUGAAAAAAAGAUUGCAAAUAAAAUGAUGGACAUAAUAUCAAAGUUUUACUAAAAUCUUUAAUCAUGA